AGUCCAGCCCAUUGUGAACUCUGUUCUACAUUUCAGUUUUCCGGCCUACGGUUAGCCGGAGGAGAAGACGUAGAAAUAAUUGCUUGAUUUUCUGGUCCGAACGCUCACGGUUAAGAUGGAUUACGAGAACAAGCUCGUCCUUGCUCCUAUGGUUCGCGUUGGGACUUUGCCGUUUAGAUUAUUAGCUGCACAAUACGGUGCAGACAUCACCUAUGGAGAGGAAAUUAUUGACCAUAAGAUGAUCAAAUGCGAGCGUAGAAUAAAUGAGCACGUCGGUGCAGUUGACUUCGUAGAAAAGGGGACAGACAAUGUUGUUUUCAGGACUUGCAGCCUAGAAAAAAAUCAAGUUGUUUUUCAAAUGGGUACUUCUAAUGCUGUGAGGGCUUUAAGUGCUGCUCAACUAGUAUGUCAAGACGUUGCUGCAAUAGAUAUCAAUAUGGGUUGCCCUAAGUCAUUUUCCAUCAGUGGGGGCAUGGGUGCUGCACUGUUGAAGAAGCCAGACCUUAUUCAUGAUAUUUUGACAACAUUGAGGAGGAAUUUGGACAUUCCAAUUACCUGUAAGAUUCGACUUUUAAAUUCAUCUCAGGAUACAGUGGAGUUAGCUAGGCGAAUAGAGACUACUGGCGUUUCAGCUCUUGCUGUUCAUGGAAGAAGAGUUGCAGAUAGGCCCAGAGAUCCAGCUAAGUGGAGUGAGAUUGCAGAUGUCGUGGCAGCAUUGUCUGUCCCGGUUAUUGCGAACGGUGAUAUAUUUGAGUACGAAGAUUUUCACCAUAUCAAAGUUGCUACAGGUGCUUCGUCAGUAAUGGUUGCUCGAGGAGCGCUUUGGAAUGCUUCAAUCUUCUCUGAAGAUGGCAAAUUACCAUGGGAAGAGGUGAAAAGAGAAUAUGUUAGAAAGAGCAUCUUGUGGGACAAUGAUAUCAAAAGUACAAAGCACACGCUAAAAGAAAUGAUAAUGCAUUAUUCUUGCCUUGAACUGCCAGAAGGAAAGGCCGUGAUAAAAUCUGAUACAUUGGCAGAUCUAGCGAAACUUUAUGGUGAGGAAAAGUACAAUCAAUUUGUUCAAGAGAAGCGUUUGUUCGAUGGAAGUAGAUGACGUCGUUCGUAGUUCGGAUCAGAGGCGCUGCGUUCAGAUCAGAGGCGCUGCUCAUUGCUUCGACAUGGAAACUGAGAAACGAACAACCUCGGUACUCUCUCAGUAAAACCCAUUUUAUUAGUUAUGGAGAAGUUGGAUGUGCUCUACAGCAGCUCAAUACUAACAACAUAUUUCUUACCCUUUCAUUCUUGUCGUGUAAAAAACACAGAGUUAUUAAGCUGCCGCACAUGAUGCCUGGCUUUAUUUGCUUUUCUGGAAUGCGUAUUUAUGGUUCUAGGAUGUUCCAAGUUGAAAGCUUUGGCUUAUUGUUGCCAAAUUCAUCCAGUUCGUUGAUUUCA